UGUAACAAUAGGCUGCUGCUGCUGUUGAGUGUGGAGAUUUGGAAACAGCACCUCCACCCUCCCCCAUCCUGCCUCUGUAUUGUGCGCUCAGUAGUCUCAGGAGACGCGCAGCAGACGCUCCCCAUUAGAAGCAGCAGCAGCAGAGCGAGAGAGACUGGCAGCAGUGGGCAUCCCCAGCUCUCUCUCUCUGUGUGUGUGUGAUCAGUGCCAGUCCGGGCAUCAGAUAAGCAGCUGAAGGCUCAGGGUGGGAAGCUCUCUGUCGGCUCCAUCAAUACAAACUUUGCCCAACAGCGUCAUGCUGGACUCUCACUGAGAAGUGUGUGGAACCUGGAAUUGGAGGGGGUCGCCCCUGCACAUCUAUACCAUGCUGUCUCUGGUUUCCCCUCUGCAGGAGGGCGCCCCAUACAUUGGAGGGCUGCAGGUACUACACUGAGUGCACCCAGAAGAGAAGCCCUGCUGUAAUACGGACUGCAAUUGCAGACAUGGAGGCAGAGGGACGUGGGACCAGCGUGGAGAGCAGCAGCAACAAGGACUCAGACCGCCAGCUCCGGCUUAGGCUGUGUGUCCUGAAUGAGAUCCUGAACACCGAGAGGGACUAUGUGGGGACCCUGCAGUUCCUGCAGUCUGCAUUUCUACAUCGCAUCAGACAAAAUGCCGCUGACAAGACAGAAAACUGCAUAUCAGAGGAAAAUGUUAAGAUUUUAUUCUCCAACAUUGAAGACAUUCUUCAAGUGCAUCGGGAAUUCCUGGAAACGUUGGAGAGCAGCCUCCAGCCCGAACCUCAAUCACAGCACGAGCUGGGAAAUGUUUUCUUGAAAUUUAAGGACCGUUUCUGCGUGUAUGAGGAGUAUUGCAGCAAUCAUGAGAAAGCCCUAAGAUUAUUAAUGGAAUUAAAUAAAGUCCCAAAUGUCCGAGCGUUUCUUCUGAGCUGUAUGCUGCUUGGUGGGAGGAAGACGACAGACAUACCUCUCGAGGGCUAUCUGCUGACUCCGAUUCAGAGAAUCUGCAAAUAUCCGCUUCUCCUCAAGGAGCUGACGAAGAGAACACCAGCUAAGCACCCUGACCACCAAGCAGUUAACUGUGCCCUGCAGGCUAUGAAGACUGUAUGUACAAAUAUCAAUGAGACAAAGAGACAGAUGGAGAAAUUGGAGGCACUGGAACAAUUACAAUCUCACAUAGAAGGAUGGGAGGGGUCUAAUCUGACUGACAUUUGUACCCAGCUCCUGCUACAGGGAACGCUUCUCAAAAUAUCAGCCGGUAAUAUCCAGGAACGGAUGUUCUUCCUAUUUGACAAUUUGCUUGUCUAUUGCAAGAGAAAAUCCAGGGUCGCUGGGAAGAAGUCCACGAAAAGGACCAAAUCUAUUAAUGGCUCUUUGUACAUUUUCCGAGGGCGGAUCAAUACAGAAGUCAUGGAGGUAGAGAAUGUGGAAGAUGGGACAGCUGACUAUCAUAGCAAUGGGUACACUGUCACUAAUGGAUGGAAGAUUCAUAACACAGCGAAAAACAAGUGGUUUGUCUGUAUGGCUAAGACUGCAGAAGACAAACAGAAGUGGAUGGACGCCGUCUUGAAAGAACGGGAACAGCGAGAAAGUUUGAAGCUGGGGAUGGAGAGAGAUGCCUAUGUGAUGAUCGCAGAGAAAGGGGAAAAACUCUACCACAUAGUCAGCAAGAAAUCGAGUCUGAUCAAAGACCGAAGGAGAAAGUUCAGCACAAUUCCCAAAUGCUUCCAUGGAAACGAAUUUGUGUCCUGGCUUAUGGAGAAUGGGGAGAUCAGCAAACCAGAGGAAGGGGUAAAUCUCGGCCAAGCCUUACUGGAGAAUGGAAUAAUCCAUCAUGUUUCAGAUAAGCACCAGUUUAAGAACGAACAGGUUCUCUAUCGAUUCCGCUAUGAUGACGGGACAUAUAAAGCGAGAAGUGAGCUGGAAGACAUCAUGUCAAAGGGUGUGAGGCUCUACUCUCGCCUGCAUAGCCUAUUAACGCCAGUCAUCAAAGACCGGGAUUACCACCUGAAGACUUACAAAUCUGUCAUUCCAGCGAGUAAACUGGUGGACUGGCUGAUAUCACAGGGCGAUUGUCAGACGAGAGAGGAAGCCGUUGCUCUUGGCGUUGGACUCUGCAACAAUGGUUUUAUGCAUCAUGUAUUAGAGAAGAGCGAGUUUAAAGAUGAGUCACAGUUUUUCCGAUUCUAUGCUGAUGAGGAAAUGGAAGGGACAAGCUCCAAAAGCAAACAGCUGAGGAACGACUUCAAACUUACGGAGAACAUCCUGGCAAAGACACUCCUGAUCCUACCUCAAGAAGAAGAUUAUGGAUUUGACCUUGAAGAAAAGAAUAAGGCAAUUGUAGUGAAAUCUGUCCGGAAGGGAUCUCAUGCAGAGAUGGCAGGAUUGCAGGUGGGACGAAAGAUUUACUCCAUCAAUGAAGAUCUGGUGUUCCUCCGUCCCUUCUCUGAGGUUGAGAUCCUCUUGAACCAAUCAUUCUGCUCUCGCAGACCAAUCCGGAUCCUUAUUGCAACCAAAUCAAAAGAAAUUGUAAAGAUUCCUGAUUCCUCUCAAGCCCUUUGUUUUCAGAUCAGAGGGUCAGCCCCACCUUACGUCCAUGCUGUGGGGAGAGGUUCCCAGGCAGCAGCAGUUGGUCUUCACCCUGGUCAGUGUAUCCUCAAAGUGAAUGGAAAUAAUGUUGUGCAUGACAGCUAUAUUGAGGUCCUUGAGCAAUUUACAGCUUAUCGGAAAAGCCCACAACACCCACUGGGGCUAUUCCAGUGGAUAUACAGAACACAUGAAGACGCGGAGGAGGAUCGAGAGCAGAGAUGUAAAUCUGAUGAUUGUCUGAAUGGCAGCAUGUGUGAUGACAGCAGCCCGAACCUCUCACUUGACACUGGCAUUCAUGAUAGACAAGCAGGCUUGAUUCCAAAUUUUACCUCCCAGGUCAGUGAAGAUGCACCCCUGAUUAAUUUGUCUGUGGAAAAUGUGCAGCUUGAGCAUGGCGUGGUAUACGAGUAUGUGAGCACCGCUGGGAUAAAGUGCUAUGUCCUGGAAAAAAUGGUUGAACCUCGAGGAUCUUUUGGAAUCUCUGCCAAGAUUCUCAAAGCUUUUAUUGCUGAUGAUAUUCAGUUUGUGAAGAACUGUAUGAGACUCAUCUCCAUGAGUAAGUCGGUGAUGACCAUGCCACAGUAUGAGUUCCGGCACAUCUGUGACACCAAACUGGAGAACAUAAGCAGAAGAAUUACCAGCUAUGAGGAGUUUGCAGAUGAGCUAAAGAUGAAAGUGAGUCCAUCUUUUAAACAAGCCACUACUGACCCGCACCCAUUGCAGAGUAUGGAUUUUUGCCCUACCAACUGCCAUAUUAACCUCAUGGAAGUGUCCUAUCCUAAAACCACCACUUCGGUGGGAAGGUCCUUCAGCAUCCGCUUUGGAAGGAAAAACUCAUUUUUUGGCCUUGAUCCAGACCAAGUCGGCAGUUUGAAUCCCAUGUCAUACUCCCAGCAUUGCAUUGCCAGCAUGGCAGCCCCUGCGUGGAGGUGUCUGAACACUGAAGAGAUGGACGGGAUGAAUGGAAGCUUUCUGGACGGUAGUUUGCAUCAGAUGAAUGGAAAAGCAAACCAGGAGGAGCGCGGUCUGAGCUUCCUACUGAAACACGAAGACAUAGAGAUCCAGGAUGCUUAUCUGCAGCUCUUUAACAAACUGGAUGUUGCAGUGAAGGAAAUGAAACAAUAUGUCACCCAGAUAAAUAAGCUGCUGUCCACUAUAACGGAGCCUCUGGAGUCUGUGUGCGAGCCCGUGUCCACGAAUGGGACGCCCCCUUCCUCUCUUGUGACAGAUGAUGGAGACAGAGUGGAGCAGGGAGGUGUAAAGAAAGUUUGUUUCAUGGUGUCUGAGGAGGAUCAAGAAGAUUCGGGGCAUGACACUGUGAGUUACAGAGACUCGUAUAGUGAAUGUAACAGCAAUCGGGAUUCGGUCUUGUCGUACACUAGCGUGCGCAGUAACAGCUCCUACCUGGGAAGUGAUGAGAUGGGAUCAGGGGACGAGCUGCCCUGCGAUAUGCGGAUCCCCUCAGACAAACAGGACAAACUGCAUGGCUGUCUAGAGCAUCUCUUCAACCAGGUAGAUGCUAUCAUAACACUUCUCAAAGGAAAAAUCAUGUCUAAGGCCUUUGAAGAGACAAAGCACUUUCCGAUGGAGCACAGCUUACAAGAAUUCCAGAAGAAGGAAGAGUGGACUAUUAAGUGUAGGAGUAUGAUUCAGAUCAGCAUUCGAGAAGAUCCAUGGAACCUCCCAAACUCCAUUAAAACUCUGGUAGAGAGUAUCCAGAAAUAUGUGGAAGAUGGGAAGAACCAGCUUCUCUUGGCUUUGCUGAAAUGCACAGAUACUGGGCUGCAAGUCAGACGUGAUGUCAUUUUUUGUCAGACGCUGGUAGCUGCCAUCUGCACUUUUACAGAACAGCUCAUGGCAGCACUCAACUACCGAUACAACAACAACGGAGAGUAUGAUGAGAGCAGCCGGGAGGCAAGCAGGAAGUGGCUGGAGCAGAUUGCAGUCACAGGGGUCCUACUCAGCUACCAGUCACUUCUGUCACCCAAUGUGAAAGAGGAAAGGAUCAUGUUGGAAGAUAUUAAAGCGACACUACAAGAUCUGGAUAAAGUGGUGUUUUACUUCAAGCAAAUGGAUGAAACACUUGUAGCAAACACAGCAGUUUUCCAUCACAUAGAGGGCUGCCGACAGUCCCUCAAAGUCAUCUUUUACUUGGACAGUUUCCAUUUCUCAAAAUUACCAACCAGAUUUGAACAUGGGGGCUGUUUAAAGCUUCAGUCUGUGCUAUUCACAAAAGCUAUUCAGAGUCUAGAAGGUCAGUGUCACCCUGGAACGAAUGUGACAAUGGAGGAGAUCCAACAACAGAUUAACCAGAUUUCUCUGGAGAAAGUACAGAAUUACUACCGCAAACUCCGGGCCUUUUACCUUGAAAAGUCUACAGAUUCCAACACCACAGCUAUAAAAAUAGACCAGCUGAUUCGUCCUAUAAAUGCUAUGGAUGAACUCUGCCGGCUGAUGAAAUCAUUCAUCUCCCCAAAACAGCAUCAAUCAGAAUAUUGUAAAAACAAUAUAUUGGGGGCUGGUCUUUUAUCCAUAUCUUCUGAGCUCUGUUAUCGUUUGGGGGCAUGCCAGAUUGUCAUGUGUGGCACUGGGAUGCAAAGGAGCACUUUAAGUGUGUCUCUAGAGCAGGCUGCAAUCCUAGCCCGCAGUCACGGACUGCUCCCCAAGUGCAUUAUGCAGGCGAUGGACAUUAUGAGGAAACAAGGUCCUCGUGUUGAAAUCUCUGCUAAAAAUUUAAAAGUCAGGGAUCAAAUUCUACAGUCUCCACCACGGAUAUACAGACUGUGUGUGCCCCCAGUAGAUGGAGACCUGUGAUUACAUAACAUGCUUCUGUAUGGGAUGAAGCUUAUACUGUAUGCCAGUGGGCACCGAUGAAGAUGAAGGGACCUGUUCAAAGUAGAGGAACUGGUGUCUGUUUUUACAGUCGAGAGAAAAAAAAAACACAGAACAUGCCUUUUUCCUGUGCACGUCUCCAGUCUUCUAGCAAAUGACAGGCAAACUUUGGACACUGGGAUUUUGCCAAGAUGUAACAGUGUUAUAAUGUGGCUGCUGGAAUACCAUGAAGUGUUCUAGUCACAUAGUGACUAUUACCAGUUAUAUAAAUAACUGGUAAUAAAUAGUGUACCCAUUGCUGAGUGCACAACUAGAAGAGACGAUGCCUAAAACAGACUUGAAACAAUUGCGCAUAUACAAUUUCCAUCCAUCCAACAACUAGCAUCACUUGCCAGUACCGCUAAGAUACAUGCACUUUCAAACCAUCAAUGGCACAAAACUAUUCUCUUUUUUAGUAUUUAUUAUGACUUUUAACCAUGUUUAAACCCCCACCCCUUACAGAUUCAAUGAUGUUCUGGUAAAAAUAUAAUUUUGUUUUUAUUGAAAAUCUUAUUUUAAUUAUGUUUUAUAUGUGGAAUUAUACUUUUAUAAUUAAAGAUGCUUCAGCAGAAAACAGAUGAAAGGGGGAAUCAAAACAAGUAAAGAAUUGUAUCUCCUUACACUUUGCUAUUCAUGUGGUAGAUUUCCAGUCCAAGAACAUCUUACCCAGAGUCCUUUACUCUGUAGUCAUUUUCUGCACAUGGUAUGAAGUGUUUUUCUCUAAUCUGGGACCAAUCUACUAUAAAUUAUUCUGAUGUCCAUAGUUUACAAAAAUAAUUUAACAUUGAGAUGUUUGUAUUUAAAUCGUUUUAUACAGGUAUCACUUCUUGUAGUUAGAGGUUAAUGAAGGACUGAAAUGUUGUAAAUAUCAGGACGUUUGUAUUUCUGCCAGUAACAGUAUUAUGUAUGUAACAUGGAUGUUUUUCCAGUGUUUACGUUCACAUCUUAUAGAAAAGCAUUAAAACUAGGGAGGCCAAUCCCGGGAUCGGGAUCGGCGGGAUCCCGGGAUUUUGGCCCAGAAAUGGCCGGGAUUGGAAGCUCCAAUCCCGGGGAUUGAGGGAUCAGCGUUGAGCAUCCUCAGGAUGCUCAGACGCUGCCUGAUUUCCUCCUAGCGUCUCCCCAUUGCAGCAUGACAUGCAGCGAGAGGUCACGCUGCGCUGUCAUACGCUACUGGGAGCUGCCGGGAGAGUAGAUGUGUCCCAUCCGCCCUCCCCUGGUGUAUGGUGAGUGUUUGGGGCGGGGCACGGCGGUGGCCACACAGAGAAACGCCAAUCCCGGGAUUGACCAUUUUUCAGUCCCGAUACCCGGGAUUGAAAAAAUGGCCCGGGAUUGGCCUCCCUAAUUAAAACAUUAUGUACAUGUGUAUAGGUCUUACCACAUAAUCUAAAUAUAGUCAAGUAAAGAUGGCCACUUCCAUUUCUCGCAAAAAUCAUAUACAUACUCCAUAAAACAGUAGUGGUACUUUGACUAAGCACUUGUUCUUGUAUCCUUUUUAUUGUCAUUUAAUUCAGCUGUUCUUGUAGGUUGAUACCCAGCCUAUUUCUGGUUGUGCAGAGUUAGAAUAUCUUUGUUGUGAUAGGUUAAUGCAGUUGUUCUCAAACUGUGUGCCGUGGCACCAUGGGAUGCCUCAGGACACUUGCAGGGGUGGCCCCAGUUGGUGGUCCAGGACCAAUUUAAAAUUAUUUAUGGUCACUGUAAUAGGCAAAACCAGUGCUGGUGGCUGUCAGUCAUAUAAUCCGUGGACAAACAGUAGCAAAUCCUGUUCCUCACCACAAUAACUGAACCAAAGGAUGACAUAUAAACAAAUUUACUAAAUUUUGUAUUUCCUUCUAAGUUUCUCAUUAAGAAACUUGUGUCCUAGGGGUGCCGUGAAUUUUUUUUUACACUCUAGGGCGCCGUGAUUCCAAAAAGUUUGGGAACCACUGGGUUAAUAGAAGAAAAGGCAUAUUGAUAAAUUAUUAUUUUGGUUAUUGAGGGCAUACAAAGUCUGCAUCAUCAGCUGUCCAUUAUCAAUCUUUCUAAUGAUAUGAUAUCUACUGCCUAUAAGUGGUAGCCACGCUCGCAUGGAAACGAUCCCUAUUUAAAUGGUUUCUAUAAAGAAAUAAGCUUAUUUUUUAGAGCCUGUAGAUAAGAAUACAUGUCCAACAUAAAUUGUUGAUCUUUUGCUAACAUUGGCUUUCUAUAGCUCGUUUAACAGCAAAUGUUAGUCAUGCAGGACCUUCAUAACCUAAAAUACAUGUUAUCCUAUAAAGGAGCUAAGGAUAACAAUCCCAAGUACUGUGUAUAAGGGAAAGAUCCAGUCAUAGUGCUAUUCUUAAUAUUUGAUCUUAUGGCUAGAUAGAUCUUUCCCAUACAAAACGUGUUUCCAGUCUCUUUGUUAAACUUCACAACAAGACAUGGAGGACAACAGGACAGUAAUUAACACACAGCAGUAGAGGAAAAGUGAAUGCAAUGUCAACAUUACAGUUAAUGUCAAUGUUUGAAAGCCUUUGCAUAUAUACAGGGGUGUAUUAAUAAAGGAAGGUGAGGUUUGUGUGCAGUCUACAUUCAGGCCCCCUCCUCUCCAUCUGGCAAAGCAGCGGAGUCUGAGCACUAGGUUCACUAGUAAACCACAGUGCUGUGCCUGAGUCUAGUGCGCUUGCGCAGGUCCCCAGGAAAAUGCCAGCCACACCAUUUUCUGGUGCUUUGUGCUCUGCUGCUGCCAUCGACAUGGGAAUCCAGAGGGUAAGUAUUAACGAUACGCCACUGCAUAUAUAGAUGUGUCCUCAUACCUCAGUCACACCAAACAGCCCCCUUUGGCCUGCCAGGUCGCUUGUGAAUCUUAUGGCUUUGGGCGUUUUUCUGGCUUCUUUUUUGUCAAAAAUGCGUCUUAUUUGCAACACAACUAUACUGAUUAAUUUGUUAUAUGACACUUGUAUAUCUGUGUGUGACUGAGGGGUCUGUUAAUUAAGCCUUGGAGAGAGAUAAAGGGGACGGAGAUAAACUAUCUACAGUACCAACCAACCAACUAGAUCCUGUCAUUUUUAAACACUGUCUAUAACAUGGCAUUUAGGAGGUGAUUUGUUGGUACUUUAUCUCUGUUCACUUUAUCUCUCUCCAAGGCUUAGUAAAUAGACCCCAUUUUCCAUGAAUCUGUAUACGAACGAAGUGAUACAAUGUAGCAGUCACAGCUUUUUUCCAAUACAAGUUCUGAUCUGUGUACAGACUUAGUCACACACAAUACGCAAGUGUCCUAUAUCAAAUUAAUCAACACAGUCUCCUUGUACGUCUUAACGGUGCGAAUAAGACGCAUUAUCAUCAAAAACGCCCAUUAGCAGAGUUGCAUGGGACCUGGCAGCUCACUCAUGUAUGAGGACACAUCUGUGUGUGUGGCUAAAAUAAAAAAUGCAGCUUGUCUUGUAGAAGUAGUUGUCCUUUAAUGACACCAAAUCAAGGUAUAAAAAUCAUUUUGUAGGUUUUAGAAGUUUUCAGUUAAACAGGGUGUUUCCCUUCUUUUCUGGUGAAUAACAGGUUUGCAUUUUUCAUGUUUGUGGCCUCGGGGUUAUUCAGAAUUGUUAGCAAACUAAAAAAAAGCACACUAAUGGACAAAACCAUCUUAUACUGCAGGUGGGGCAGAUGUAAGAUGUACAGAGAGUGUUAGAUUUGGGUGGGGUGUGUUCAAACUGGAAUCUUAAUUGCAGUGUAAAAGUAAAGCAGCCAGCAUUUACCCUGCACAGAAAAAAUGUAACCCACCCAAAUCUAACUCUCUCUGCACAUGUUACAUCUGCCCCACCUGCAGUGCAACAUGGUUUUGCCCAAUUGCUAACUUUGGACUCUGAAUAACCCCCUCAGUCCUAAGAUCCCUACCUAUGGGUUCAGAUCCUCUUAGUUGGACUAAUGGGGGUAAUUCCAAGUUGAUCGCAGCAGGAUAUUUUGUAGCAGUUGGGCAAAACCAUGUGCACUGCAGGGGAGGCAGAUAUAACAUGUGCAGAGAGAGUUAGAUGUGGGUGGGUUAUUUUGUUUCUGUGCAGGGUAAAUACUGGCUGCUUUAUUUUUACACUGCAAAUUAGAUUGCAGAUUGAACUCACCACACCCAAAUCUAUCUCUCUCUGCACAUGUUAUAUCUGCCCCCCCUGCAGUGCACAUGGUUUUGCCCAACUGCUAAAAAAUUUCCUGCUGCGAUCAACUUGGAAUUACCCCCAAUGUUGGUUGUUCUGUCAGUGAAGGUGAACCCACUGUGCUCUUUAAUAAGUGAGAUCUUGAGAAGCUUAUGUUCCGUGCAUGAUAUUCAACAAGAUAUGUUUGCUCACAACAAUGAAUUGACUCUGAUACCUGUGGCCUUCUCUUGUACACAUUCCAGAUGUACAGCCAAAAAUUAACAUUUAAUCAAAUCAUUAAUAUGUAUUGUACUUGAAUAUACUGUAUCUAAUGCACUGUCAUGUUUUAGCUCUGUAAAUGUUGUAUUUCUAUAGCAUUUGUGGGUAUUUGUGAAUAAUUCCAUGGUCCAGAAAAGACCCUCAACAAUCAGAGAAAAAUCAUGCAGCAAAGCCAGUUGAUUGCCCUUUAAAAAAACGCUUUUGUUACUAAACUAAUGGCAACAUGAUAUUGCAGUCUGUAGGUAAAACGUCUGCUCUUAGAAAUCGUCUUUCCCCACAAAAAAGACACCACCCUAUAGAAAUUCAACUAUUGUUCAAUGCAGAACAACAUAAAAGGGUCAUUUUCAGAAGGACCUGUUUUAAAUAGAUAUGACAUUUGUUUUUAUCAAGAUUAGCCUCUAUUCAGAUAAAACCAGACUGUACAUACUACUGUGUUUAUUUCAUAUUUUGAAAUUAAAAUGACA